AUGGCGUGUAAGAGCAGUUUAAAGGUAAAAAUUCUGUUGGGCUUAGCGAUCGUUGUGCAUAUAAUCAACAUUGUUGUCAUCUACAAACUAGGACUGAUUACCCGUGUUGCGAAGACGGGUCAGCGUGGCCUAAAUCUACUCGAACGAAACACAUCAUACCAAGAUUUUGACAAAAUCCGUGAAGAUGUUUUCCCUAAGAAUUUGUUUACUGAGGUGUCACGAUUCUUCAUCAAUGUCACAAAAUCCAAUCAACUCCCAGUGGACAGACCCAUUCCUGAUACCCGCCCUUACGAGUGCAGAAAAGUCAAUAUAUCCGGUGCAGCACUCCCGUCAGUGUCUGUUAUAAUUCCCAUGCAUAACGAACCGUGGUCGACUUUAUUGCGAACUAUUCACACCGUCAUCAACAACAGUCCACCACAUCUUCUGCAUGAAGUCAUCAUCAUAGACGACAAGAGUGAUCUCCCAUUCCUUGGUAAACCUAUGACAUUGUACCUCCGUCGAUUCCCUAAAGUCUCGCUAAUACGAUCAGCACAACGCUUAGGUACAAUGAAAUCGCGGAAUUUGGGAGCAAAUAUUGCUCAAGGGGAGGUUCUUGUUUAUUUAGAUUCUCAUACCGAAGUGAAUAUCGGCUGGCUGGAGCCAAUAGUUUGGGAAAUAUACAAAAACAGACAAACCGUCAUUCAACCAGCAAUUGAUACCAUUGACGCCAUGACUCUCGAAUACCGGAAGUAUAUGGAGAACAUGCGCGGAGAAUUCAAAUGGAGCCUCGCUUUCACGUUUGCCCCGAUUCCACCAAGAGCUUUGCUGGGGAGAACCAGCACUGACCCAAUAAUUACUCCCGCCAUUGUUGGGUGUUGUUUUGCGGUGGACAGAAAAUACUACUUGGAUUUGGGGGGCCUUGAUGAAGGAAUGAAGACUUGGGGGGCAGAGGAUGUGGAGUUCUCACUGCGGGUGUGGAUGUGUGGUGGCAAUAUGAAGAUCCUGGAGUGUUCUCGUGUUGGUCAUAUCUUCAAGUCAGGACAUCCAUUUGCUGUGUCGUAUGAUGAUCUUCUCCACAAUGAACAACGCAUUGCAGAGCUGUGGCUUGGAGAACACAAACAGAUUUUCUAUGCAGUUCAUGAGGGUAGAGUAUCCCACUCCGCUGACAUCGGCGAUCUGUCUACAAUCAGACAAACUCAACGCAAUUUGAACUGUAAUCGUUUCACGUGGUACCUUGAAAACGUCCUUCCAGAGCUUGAAGUUCCACCAUUAUCGUCUGUUAAAUUCGGCAAAGCUGAAAAUUUAGCAAGUUCCCUUUGUAUCGGAAUAGACAAUACUUCUCCAAAUUCGUUUCAUUUGAUUCCAUGUUGGGGAUAUGGGUCUACUAAUAUAGCUCUUACGCAAAACGGAUUUCUAAAGGUGAAGGACAAAUGUAUGGGGUCCGAGAACAGGUAUAUUGUAAUGAAGCCGUGCAGCAUCGAUGACGUCAGUCAACAGUGGACCUUUACAACCAAUCAUCAGCUGAUGUGGCAUGAUGGGAAAAGUUGCAUGAUGCACGUGAGUGACCCUGACCCCGCGACCGGUCACCGUCAGACCAUUAUGUUGAUGCCAUGUGAAGUAAAGAAGGAUCAUGUGAAGUUUACACAAUGGACAUUCACCUACAGCCUCUCGUUUCCUCACAAUAUGUAAAUUCAAACAUAUAUCAAAUCCCUGUUUCAUUAAAACUGUAUAUA